GGACCGUCGCUUCCUGCCGAAACGCAACUCGAUCAGAAACGUACAGAGUAUCGACAUCCCAUGGUUCCGCUGUGGAAAUGGCCUCGUCUAGUCACCGAGCUAUAAAUGCCAAAUGAGCUGCUAUUUUUUGGAGUCUAACAAAAGAAGAUCGCUCUGUCCGAGCCACUACCUGGAGCAAUUCGGAAGUUUGUUACCGUAAUCUGAGGAGUGAGUAGGCAGAAAAAAACCCACAAUGCCACAUUUCCUGUGGCCAGAGCCGCUGUCACCCGCUCAGCUCAAGCGGUUGGAAGACCAUAAAUACAGCGCCUCUGGUCGAUCCCUGUUUGAGCCACCGUUUCAAAUCUACUGGAACUGGCUCAUCCAGCAAACUCCGACAUGGAUCGCACCAAACACUCUGACUAUAGUUGGACUGCUGGUCAAUAUCUUCUCCACGGUGGUGCUUGUUUAUUUUUGUCCCACGGCAACAGAGGAGGCUCCAGCAUGGGCCUUCAUCAUGAGUGCUUUGGGCCUGUUCAUCUACCAGUCGCUGGACGCCAUUGAUGGGAAGCAGGCCAGGAGGACAAACAGCAGCUCACCCCUCGGAGAGCUCUUCGACCACGGCUGUGAUGCUGUAUCCACAGUCUUUGUUGCUGUGGGAACAUGCAUUUCAUGUGGAAUAGGAAUGUACCCAAACUGGAUUUUCUUCUGCGGUUUCAUCGGGAUGUUCAUGUUCUUCUGUGCCCACUGGCAGACCUACGUGUCUGGGACCCUCCGCUUUGGCCUGAUUGACGUGACGGAGGUGCAGGUCGCCAUCAUUAUCAUGUACUUGAUAUCGGCUUUUGGAGGCGUGAGCUUUUGGCAAACCACGUUGCCCAUCAUUGGGCUGAAGCUGUAUGUCUUCCCCAUCAUGGGCAUCAUUGGAGGAGCCCUCUACUCCUGCUACAACUACUUCUAUGUCAUUUUGAAUGGAGGUGUUGGCAAAAAUGGCUCUACUGUGGCAGACACCAGUGUGCUGAGUCCUGGUCUGCACGUUGGCCUCGUCCUUACCCUGGCUUUCAUCAUUUUCAAAAAGUCGUCGAGCCACCUGUUUGAGCACCACCCCUGUCUAUACCUGCUCACCUUUGGCAUGGUUAUGUCCAAGAUCUCCAACAAGCUGGUGGUUGCACACAUGACCAAGAGUGAGCUGUACCUUCCAGACACAGCCUUUAUAGGCCCCAGCCUCCUCUUCCUCAACCAGUACUUCAACGGCUUCAUUGAUGAGCACAUAGUCCUCUGGAUUGCCAUGGUCUACUCUCUUCUGGAUCUAACACGCUACUGUACGGGCGUGUGUCUCCAGAUCGCCUCCCACCUGCGCAUCCGAGUCUUCAGCAUCACGCCGCAGAGCAACGCCCACCGCGACUGACGGCUUGCCCGGCGGGAGGAGGCGGGGGGAGACGUGGAUCUCUCCCCGCUCCUGAAAGCAGAUGACCACGACCACGAGGAGACGCUGUCCUCAGCAAGCCAGUGCAGCCUUGACAAAGUGACCACUUCCAAUUAAAACUGCCUUCCAACUUGACUCCAAACCAAAAAACAAAGAAAAAAAAAAAAGCAUGGAACUUGGAAUUCCUCAUUGGCUGUUUUAAAGUUUUACGUUAAACAUCAGUGCAUGUUGUAUACCAAAAUGUUUUCUUUACAGGUAUUUCAUAGCUUGGGAAAAUAUCAAAGCAUUUUGACCUGCUUUAAAUUUACAGACGUGUCUGAUUAACUGCACGAUGAGGCAAAUCUCUUUGAUGUAUGCCCGAACUAAAUGGAUCACCUGUUGUUUUUUUUAAAUCCAUGUUUCCUAAACGUUUUUAUUUAUGAAAUUAAUGUGACUCAAUUUGACAUGAAUCAGGGUUU